AUGCAGCGGGCGGUGGCUGCUGGCAGGAGCAGGCCCGUUCCCUCGCUGCGGCGCUCCCAGUGCAGGCUCACCGCCGACUCCUUCUGCGUACACCGCAUCAUCGAGGACCCCGAGUGGUACCUCGCCGCCGUCCCCCGGCUCACCGAGCUCUGCCUCCAGCACAUCAUCCACAAUUUCACCCAGAACCCUAUUUUAGACCGUCUCCUGCCUGAGCACCAAAGGAAGGUGCUGGACAGGCUCCCCACUGGCCUUCCGCUCGCGGUCACUGCCAACCUAGUAAGUGAUGAGGACUACUGGAAGCGGUACUGCACUGAGCGCUGGCAAGUGUGUGACAUCUCCAGCUAUGGGGGCAGCUGGAAACGGAUGUUCUUUGAACGUCACCUGGAGAACAUCCUGAAAAGUUUUGUCCCCAACACCACGGACCCCAACCAGGUUCUGGAGCUCAUCCCGCUCUGCAAAGACUAUGUGCGGAAACUGGAGGUUGACCAGUUCCUGCCGCCGCUGAAGGUGGAUCCAAAGGAGGAGGCAGAUGACAUCUCUGAUUCAGGGAGUGAUCUGGGGCUUGGCGAGGUCCACAUGCAUCACUACGACCUGGGAGCCCUCGUUACUGCGCUCCCUUACCUUGAAGAGCUUCAUCUUACUUAUGGUGUGAAGGACUGCGGCAUGAACUUCGAGUGGAACCUCUUUAAGUUCACCUACCAGGACUGCUGCAACCUGGCUGGUGCCGUGAAGAAGUGUCACAAAUUGAAGGUUUUCAAGCUGACACGCAGCAACGUGGAUGACGACAAGACCAGGCUGCUGGUCCGCAGCUUGCUGGAUCACCCCUCCUUGGUGGAGCUGAACUUGUCCCACAACCUCAUUGGGGACACGGGGACACAAGCUGUCGGCAAGCUGAUCAACCGCAGCAAAUUAGAAACCCUGGAUCUGUGUAACAACAAGAUCCAUCACGCGGGGGCUCAGGCCCUCGCCCAGGCCCUGGCUCAGAACUGCACCCUGACCUCCCUGAAUCUGCGCCUCAACUACCUGGAGGACGAGGGCGGGGAGGCGAUGGGCCGUGCCCUGCUGGCCAACACCACCCUGAAGUCCAUCCACCUGGGCAGUAACAUGCUGUCGGAGCCAAGCGCUGUGCUGUUCUCCCAGGUCCUUGCUCAGAAUGCCACCCUGACGUGCAUCAACUUGUCGUGCAACCACAUAGGGCCGGACGGUGGCAAGCAGCUGCUGGAAGGGCUGGCGGGCAACAAGACGCUGACCGAGUUCGACCUCCGCCUGGCAGAGGUGGGCCAGGAGAGCGAGUUCCUCAUCGGGCAGAUGCUGUGGGCCAACCGGCACGCCGCCCGGCUGGGACCUCAGCCGCAGCCGCCAGCCGGGCCCCUCUGACCAGGAAGCUGCAGAAAGCUCCCCAGGUACCAGUUUUGCUCCCCGCGUGGGAUCUGGGCCGACAAACCUCCCCUUGCACAAGUGGGGGCAGGAGGGCUUCCAGCAGAGCACCUGGGGUCGGCAAUGCAGCCCCUGCACCCCCAGGGGAUGGCUCUGGGGCUGCUUCCCCAGCUGCCCACACAUCCCUGCUGCCCCCCAGGGAUCAAAGCACCAGUGUGUCUCCGUGCAGAGGCGUUCUGCUCCCCCCGAACAGGCAGCAUUGCCUGGAGCUGAGAGAAAAGGUCGCAUGGUGGACACCACGGUACAGCCGCUGCCCGGGGCUGC